AUGUCGAAGGUUGAACCCGAUGACCCUCGACCUCCGUGGUUGUUCAGGUUUAGCAGGACGGCCAACUGGAUGCUCAUCCCAACGGUGAUUGUGUACUCGGUGUUCUUCGGGGACUUUGGGGAGCAAGAACACGUCUUUUCGCCCCCGAGGAGGUGGCUGGAACGCCAGAAAGCAGCCUUCUUCUCCCUUUCGGACGCGGAGCGUAAGAUUGCAGGAGUAGGGGAGGCACCGAGAGAGGAGAGCACUCAAGUCCGACAAGAUCGGUAG